AUGCGUUCCUACGUCGCUCUCGCUCUCCUCGCCGUCGUCGCUGCCCCGGCCCUCGCCCGCCCAAUCGAGCCUGCCGCUGCUGCCGGUAGCGAGGCGGUGAACUGGAAGAAGGUCGGCGAUAUUGCGGGCGAUGUUGGAAAGGGCGUCUUUGACGUACUCAAGUUCCUCAAGCGCGAGGACCAGCAACUGCUCGCGCGCGCGAUCGAGAACGAGCUCUACAUGCGUACGGUCCCCGCCGCAGCGGCGGGCAGCGAAGCCGUGAACUGGAAGAAGGUCGGCGAUAUUGCGGGCGAUGUUGGGAAGGGCGUCUUGGACGUGCUCAAGUUCCUGAAGCGCGAGGAUCCCCUGCUCGCACGUGAAUUCCAAGCCGAGCUCUACGCACGGGGCUUCGACGAGGAUGCGCUCCUCGCGCGGUCGUUUGGCGAGGAUGAGCUCUACGCCCGCUCGUUCGACGACGAGCUCUAUGCGCGCACGGUGCCGGCUGCUGCCGUAGGCAGCGAGGCCGUCAACUGGAAAAAGGUUGGCCAUGUUGCAGGAGACGUUGGCAAGGGCCUCCUGGACGUGUUGAAAUUCCUUCGCCGGGACGGCAUGGAGAUCGACAUACUCGACUGA